AUGGAAAGAAAGGACCAAAGACGAAGGACGAAAAGGAGGAAGGAAAGAAAGGACCAAGGACGAAGGACGAAAAGGAGGAAGGACGAAGGACGAAGGAUUAAGAACGAAUCACAAAGAACGAAAAGGACGAAGGACGAAAAGGACGAAGAACGAAAAGGACGAAGGACUUACAGAAUGAAAGAUAAAAGGACGAGGGACAAAAUGGACGAAGGCGGAAAAGAACGAAAAGGACGAAGGGCUUACAGAACGAAAGAUAAAAGGACGAGGAACGUAAAGGACGAAGGACGAAAAGGACGAAGAACGAAGGACAAAAACGACGAAGGACGAAAAAGACGAAGGACGAAAAGGAGGAUGGACGAAAAGUACGAAGGACGAAAAGGACGCAAUGGACGAAAAGGUGGAAGGACGAAAGACGAAGGACUAAGGACGAAAGACGAAGGACUAAGAACCAAGGACAACGGACGAAAAGGACGAAGAAAGACGGAUGAAAAGAACGAAGGAUGA